GGAACCCAAAGCUGGGGAUGUGGAGAAGCCGGAGCUUCUUUGCGUUUGGACGCUGGCCCCGGAAGUGGCGAGGGCGGGGUCAACACUGGCGAGUAAAGUCCUCUGACUUGGGAAGAUGCUGCUGGACCUUUCGGAGGAGCAUAAAGAGCACCUGGCCUUUCUGCCGCAAGUGGACAGCACGGUGGUCGCCGAGUUUGGGCGGAUUGCGGUGGAAUUCCUGAGGCGAGGCUCGAACCCCAAGAUCUACGAAGGCGCCGCCAGAAAACUAAAUGUGAGCAGUGACACUGUCCAGCAUGGUGUGGAAGGAUUAACAUACCUCCUCACUGAAAGCUCGAAGCUUAUGAUUUCUGAACUGGAUUUCCAAGAUUCUGUUUUUGUUCUGGGAUUCUCUGAAGAAUUGAACAAAUUAUUGCUUCAGCUUUAUCUAGACAACAGAAAAGAGAUCAGAACUAUUCUGAGUGAAUUGGCACCAGACCUUCCCACUUACCACAGCCUUGAAUGGAGACUAGAUGUACAGCUUGCAAGCAGAAGCCUCAGGCAACAGAUAAAACCAUCAGUGACUAUAAAGCUACACCUUAAUCAGAAUGGAGAUCACAACACCAAAGUUCUGCAGACAGACCCAGCCACUCUGCUCCAUUUGGUUCAGCAAUUGGAACAAGCAUUGGAGGAGAUGAAAACAAACCACUGUAGGAGAGUUGUGCGCAAUAUCAAGUAGUUCCAGUUUUCAGGACUGGAAUCACUGAAUCACUCACGUAUUGAUAAUGCGACAGUUACUUUUUUAAUUUUUUAUUAAUUACAGUGAUAAAUACAUUUAGUUCCCAUGAAAUUUCUUUUUCUAUGACAAGAUAUUGAGGUCAUGAUCAAAAGCUAAAGUUAAGGGGUGCCUGGGUGGCUCAGUUGGUUAAGCGUCUGACUCUUCAUUUGGGCUCAGGUCAUGAUCUCACAGUUCAUGUGAUCAAGCCCUGCGUUGGGCUCUGCGCUAUUAGCGUGGAGAUUUUCUCUCCCUUUCUCUCUGGGCUUCCCCUGCUCGCACUCUGUCGCUCUCUCAAAAUAAAUAAAUAAACAUUAAAAAAAAAACAAACAAACAAACGCUAGAGUAAAGUUCCUUUCCUGGUGCUAAAUGUGGUCUGUUUCUUGACUAAUUAAGAUGUAUUUUAUAUGUUAAAAGUGUAUGUACAAUUGAAUCAACUGGAAGUGAAUCUGUCCUAUUCAUAUCUUUGGUGUAUAUGAAUGUCUUUUAUUCGUACUUCUUUUGAUUGCUUAACCUGACUGUUCUUUAUUGACCAAAAUUUGAAAAUAAAAUUCACAGUGUAAUGUUACUGCUAUUCAGAAUAUUUUUAGACAGUUCAUUGUUUUUGACUUUUAAAAGCACCCACAAUGUUAGUAGCUAUGGAAUAGUUGGAAGUAAAUAUGAAUUUUUUUAAAUGCUACAUUGUUUAGGGGGUUCAUGCAUUUUUCCUGGUUAGUAAAGGUAAUAAAUACUAUGUUGCUUAA